AUGUUUGUUUGUCCUCAAUCGCAUUUAGCAGCUCUCGAAAAUCUUAUCUGGCGGUCGGCGAUUUCGGUCCAUUUCGGCGGUCGGGAUCUUCGGUCGGAAUCGGUCCGUUCCCGAUCACCGUUCUCACGCGCUACCUUAACCACCAUCUACGCUGCUUCAGUCAGCUCCUCUCCGGUCCAACACCCUCGCGUUCGCAAUCUAGACAACCUGGACGACUUCAUCAAGCCCUGGGCAACGCUGGCUUCCAGCCUUUCAGUCUAUCUCGCGACUUCCGCGGGGCUGUGUCGGCGACGCGUCAUCGCUCGACGCUGGUGCUUCUUUCGCGUCUCGCGCUCCGUUUCGCGUUUCUUCGACGGCGGGAUGCUGACGGAAACACAUUGGAGUGUUUCCCAGGUCCGGGAUUAUCGUGUUGGACAGGGUGAAGCACUGGUAUGGGGUUCCAUGCGGAGGGACCAGCGAGAUACUCUCGGGCAGAUCCAGGCCCUUCCCCUAUGA